AUGCAUUCUCCUUUUACUGCUUCACCAAUUAUACGUUUCCAACUAAAAUCUACUGAUACACCUCAAAUAAAAGCCAUUCUUAUUCACUCUUCUUUUUUCUUUCGUUUACCUUUUUUCUUUUUACCUUCUUUCCUUCCUUUGCCUUUCAAAUUUCAUAAGAAACAUUUAAAGGAACAGUUCAAUUUGCCGUUUUCUUUUAUUAUUUUCUUUUAUUAUUUUCUUUUAUUAUUUUCUUUUAUUAUUUUCUUUUAUUAUUUUCUUUUAUUAUUUUCUUUUAUUAUUUUCUUUUAUUAUUUUCUUUUAUUAUUUUCUUUUAUUAUUUUCUUUUAUUAUUUUCUUUUAUUAUUUUCUUUUAUUAUUUUCUUUUAUUAUUUUCUUUUAUUAUUUUCUUUUAUUAUUAUGCUAAUUCGAUUUCUAUUUUAUAUAACUUUUUCCUUUCUUUCUUUCCUUUUUCAGAGCUCUUCUUUCUUUCUUUCUUUCUUUCUUUCUUCUAUAUUCAUCCUUUCUUUAUCACUUUUAUCUCCUUGUUACGAUGAUUUCUUUUUUUUAUAUAUAUAUCUUUAUUUAAUUUCUUCCUUUCAUUCAUUCUUUUUUAUUUAUUUCUUCACCAACUUCUUUGUCUGUAUCUUUACUCUAACAUCUUUCUUUCUUUUUUCUUUCCUUUUUUCUUUCUUUCUUUGCUCUAUAUUCUUUCAUUUUUAUGACCGUGUCUUUACAUUUUUUAAUUGGUUGGCCAAUUUUCUAUUCCUAUGCUCCUUCAUUGACUUCUUUCUUUCUUUCUUUCUUUCUUUCUUUCUUUCUUUCUUUCGUGAAAACAACACUGCAAGACCGGGAAAUGAAUACGCAAACAUAUGUACUUGCUCUGAUAUGGCUGUCUUUCUCUUUUCCCUUUACAUAAAUCAUUCAUUUUCUUUUCCUUUCUAUAAAUAUUACUUUCUCCUUUCCCUUAUGAAAAUCUUCUUUUCCUUUUUAUUUGUAUAA